GUUGACAACUAAUUGAAAUCGUUAUUGGUGAUAGGCCUAAGAAAUUAUCUUGUACUUUGAAGAGCGAGUAAAUGUUCCUUUUUAUAUUGUUGUCUUUCUUCGAUUCUGAAAGCAGGCUGCAAUCCCAUCAAUACUGACACGCCAGCCAGCCAGCCAGCAGGCCUUGUAAGCCGGCUGAUACGAGGACUCUUGCCAGUGACGUAAUUCCUGUUUGUCUGCCUGAGCUUCGUGGCUGCCGAGCUAUGCCAGUGGGAGAUACGAGGCUGGGUUGGUACGUCGUCGCCAUAUUCGUCGUCGAUGUUGCAGCGACGCUGUGAGCUGAUGUCCUCUCCAUCUAUGGUGCAUCGGAGCGGUGACACCCUCCUGGUGAGAAGUGUAGUGAGUGGGGACUCUUUGUACGAGGAAAGUGAAGACGAUAUCGACUUACCCCAGUGCAAGAUUAAGCGCAACUAUACUUGCACUCACUGUACUUACUACACCCAGAACCCACGCUCCUACCUGUACCAUCUCAAGGACGAGCACGGGGAGAAAAUCAAAGUGUACGAGUGUCCUAGCUGCCUGUAUGCUUCCAAGCACAGCCAAAAACUUCAGCGGCAUGUACACAUGGUUCACGUGAUAGGUCGAGGGGCAGCGGCCGGCUUCAAGAAGAAGAAAAGCGAAAUUACCAAAUCGAAAUUGGGGAACAGUGCAUCAGCAGGGGCUGCAAAACAAGUGGAGAAAUCUGGCAACGAUUCGAAAGCGGUGAACAUGAGUGAAAACAUCGUUUUGAAGAUGAGUGGAGGGGAAGUACGGGGUUGUUCUUUGUGCCCAUUUACAAGUUCUGACCCAAGUGAAGCGCUGAAACAUGAGCGUACAGCGCAUCUUAAGAAGAAAUUCUACCGUUGCAGUAAAUGCAAUUACGUGACUCACAUGAAGGCCCGCUAUACAAAACAUGUUAAGUACCAUUCUAUGCCUAUGAUUAAGUGCGACCUUUGUGAUUUCCGCACUCCCUACAAGUGGAACUUGGACCGUCACUACAAGAACCACACCGGAGACGGUGCUUACCGCUGUGCACUUUGCAACUUUACGGCUGAUAUCAAACAGAGCCUUACUGUGCAUGAAAUGAACCAUCACGUGCCACCCGUAGGACAGCCGGCGUCUGCGGGGAGUGGCGCGGGGACAACUAGGCGUCGGAACAAGGUGGGCGCAAGUGACUCUGCGGCGAUGGAAGAGGAGAUCGACCAGGAGGAGCUUGAGCUGCUGCGCAUGGAACGGGAAGACGCAGCAGAUUCCGCCCCACCAUACCAGGCACGAAGCAUAAAGCCAGCAAUUUCUGCUGCCAGUACUGCAAGUUCUGUUAACAUCAGUAAUAAGAGCAAUGCCACUUCAGGCAGCAUUAACAUCAUUAGCAGUAAUGGGAACAUUAGGAGAACUAACACAAUUACAGCUUCAGCUGGGAAUACCAAGAGAACCCCAAAGAUUAAAGUGACACUUAAGAAGCUGAAAACUCCAAGUAGUCAGGAACAGAAUGAGAGGCAUAACUUUCAGACAGACUUCAUACAUCCAGAUGAUAUCAUCCAUCACAAGAAUGGGAAUGUUUAUAUCAAGAAUCUCAAGUGUCGUAUGUGUAACUAUAAAGCAGCAUGGGAAGGUGAAAUGGCUCGACAUGAAAGCAAGGCGCAUGGUAUCCAUCGGCCAAUUUCUGUCAAGCAGGCAACCAAGAAGGUUCCUCGGCCAAUUCCUAACUUGAUACCUAUACAAAACAAGGUUAUGCCCCCUGGUUCUGUCACAUCAUUACCAAUCUUGAGGAUCCCCACAAUCCGUGGUCGAGCUGCCACAUCUUUGCUGAAACCUCAACAGUUGCAGACAUCUCAACAGGAGAGUGGCUUGAGUGAACGGGAUCUGAAUGAGAUCUGUGCUAAAUCCUGCCCCAACAGUUCACUUAAAGAUUUUGCAUCUCUCAUAGGAGGCGAAGACGCUUUCAAGUUACCAGAUGAUGAAAUGAAUGAUGGGGCUCCAAAGAAGACUUCCCCAAAGCAGGAAGAAGAAGAUUAUUAUGAUGAAGAUGAGGUUGCACCCAGUGACAGUCAGUCACAGUCAAAACCUAACAUUUUAGCUUCAGUAACUGAUUCAUCAUUCAAGAAGAAAAAUGCUUCCUUCUUUGAUAAACUGAAGGAGAAACUACUAGUAGGUGCUGGGGAGUCAUGUAAUUUGGUGUGCACAUUUUGUGGGCAUGAGUCAAAGUGUCUGUCUGAACUAGCCCGUCACCAGAAGUUGCAUUCCAGUCCUGGAAACCGCAGCAGUGAUGGUAGUGGGACUAACGGAGGCAGCGGUGUAGUGCUGGCCAGUGGUGCUGAACUCUCUUCUACCAGAUGUCAGCACUGUCGUCAACGUUGCAAGACUAGUGCAGAUCUCUUGAUACAUCUACAGUCCUGUUCAGAGGCCAACAAAAAUCUUGCAGCAUCUUCUCCAUCCCCAACACCAAUAACAGAAAUUCCUGAUGCCAAAGAAGAGAAGGUGCAGGAUGUUGAGGAUGAGGAGGAAGAAGAAGAGGAGGGUGAGGAGGAAGAGCAAGAGGAGGAGGAGGAGAAAAUCAGAGAGGAGGAACCACAUCCAAUGGAGAACAAAGUGUUUGUGUGGAAUAAUUUACCACAACCAGUAGAGAUGGAGAGUGAAGAAGACCAUCAGCCACAGUGUCAAGCACAACAGGAAGAGCAGCAGCAGCUACAGCAGCAGAAACAGGCACCUCCACUGCAACAGCAAGAUGAUGAUAGCCUUGAUACUUCUGUUCGUAGCAAGUCACCUAUCAGUGAAGGUAGUCUGGUGGGCAUUGAAACUGCCCCAGGUUAUGGUGCUGUCACAAGCAAGAUUCUUUCUGAUUCUCCAGAUGGCCCCCUCCCUGACAUGGAAUCCAAAGCUGCACUAACUGUCAAGAAGGUUUUCAAAUGUCCCAACUGCUCAUUUUGGGCAUCAACCGCUUCUCGAUUCCAUGUUCAUAUAGUGGGUCACUUGAAUAAGAAGCCAUUUGAGUGUUCUCUCUGUGCUUACCGGUCUAAUUGGCGGUGGGACAUAACAAAGCACAUACGACUGAAGUCUGCAAGAGAUGUGGGACAUGAGCGGGCAAGAGUUUUGAUGACAGAUGAAACUGGAAGGCGAAACUAUUCAAAAUACAACAAAUAUUUAACACUAAUGCGAGUCCAUGAACCGACAGCUGAGAGUAGUGGAAGUGGGCGACGUUCAAAGGGUCUGGAUAUAAGUCAGGGCAUGGCAGUGCAUUCUAAUGUCAACAUUUUGCAGCAGCAGUUGCCUGCUCCACCUCGUCUUACCCGAGCCCCUGCUCCCAUCUCAAGCAAUCUUCUUCAUCUGGGACCAGGAGCACCACUUAGACCGCCGCCACCACUGCGAGCUGCACACCAUGUGGUAUUCCCAGGUCCUCCACCUCUGCAAGCACAGCCCUCAGCACUGCUGCAACACCAACAGCGUCAGCAACAACAGCAACACCAACACCAACAGCAGCAGCAAAACCAACAACAGGAACAGCAGCAGCAACACCAGCAGCAGCAGCAGCAGCAGCGGCUGGACUUAGAUAUGAGACCCAAACGUGCAUUAAAGAGACCUGCAGUGAAAUCAGGGUUUAGCCCAGAGGGCCAACGGCCAGCAAAACGCCCAAGUACGGACAGUAAGAAAACACUCUGGAAGUGUAAGAAAUGUAACUACAGAGAUGCAAGUCGUGAGCUGGUGUUAGCCCACGUGAAGGAACAUUACCAGCAGCGUCUACAGCAGGCCAGCAGUAAUGGUGGUGUUGGCAGCAGUGACUCAGCUGAGGCAAGUGUCAGGCGGGGUCUCGCACCUUUCCGGUGUGGCCACUGCCAUCAGGUAUCAAACUGGAAGCAUGUCAUCCAGAGACACUGCCGGUUGAAGCACAGUGGUGAUGUGAGGGUGGUGAUUGGCCUUAAAGAGGGUGGUACUGUGGAAGAGCGUUUCAUGAUAGAUGAUGGUAGUGGUGAGGCAGACUCAGCUUCAGCUCCUCCAGGCAGACCAGAGAGACCAGAUGGAAGAAGUGCAUGUGACAGGUGUCCGUUCAUGAGUGAAUCUGCUGCUGAGAUGGAAGCACAUAAAGAGCAACACUUGUCCAGACCGGGUGCAAUAUUCAAGUGCUAUUUCUGCCCCUUCUAUGUCUCACUCAAGAGAGACCUAUUGCAGCACAUGCGACUCCACGGUGUCACUGAACCAGAGGAUUAUAUAUCAAAAGCCAUGCAAGGGAAAAGCACGCAGAAGACAACGCCAGCAAAGGCAGAGAACAGAACAGAGGAGCCUGCGGGACGACAGCAUCACAGCAUUGACACAAGCCCACAUAAGCGAUACAAGUGUGUUGGGUGUCCCUAUGUCAGCAAUAGCAAGAGUCAGUUCCUGUAUCAUAAACAGUUCCAUCGUCCCCGUGGGGCACCAUUCAAAUGUGGCCUCUGCUCCUACAAUGUGAGUCGUCGCCACUUAUUGCAUCAGCACCUGCGUGUUCAUGGAAUUCAGAUUCCUCCUCAGAAGAGUCCUACGAAGUCAUCUGACAAAGAGGUGAGAGAGGAUGGAUCUGAUGAAAUUGAAGAAGUCACUGUAAUGUCACAGCGUCCCUUUGCCAUCCCACUGGCAUCUGACUCAGUGUUGGAUACUCGCCGCAUGACGGACAUACCACUAGUUUGGGUCUCUCGGGGAAGAAAGUUUUCAAAAAUGUUUAAAUGUCGUUUUUGCCCUCAUGUAAAUCUGCGUAAAGCCAAUAUUCAAGAACAUGAGAAGAUGCAUCGUGUUCGCACUGCAAAUGAUGUUGCUCAGUUGGAUACUAUAAAAGAUAGACAGUCAAAAGAGCAAGGUUCUUUAGGAAACCAGCAGCUGCAGCAGCCUCUCCAGCAGCACCACUGUCCUGACUGCAAUUACAUCUGCAACAAUGCAGGAGUUCUAUCCUCACAUGCCAAAGUACAUCAGGGACUGUAUGGACAAGUGCAUUGUCUGGUUGACACCACAAGAAGUGAUGAGGUGCAGUUACAAGAGUUGAGUGCGAACAUGAGCAAGGACAGUGAUGAUAACAGUGGGGUCUGUACAGAAAAUAUGGAGCAGGGAGUAUGUGAGGAAGAGGUAGUAGAUUUCCAACCAGAAACCUUAUCGAAAGAAAGCGGUAGUGGGAACAAAGUGAGUGUCAGUGAUUCUGGUUUCUCAAAUAAUGAGGAUUCAAAGGCAGAAGCAGAUAAUGGACGUUCAUUAUACUUUUGUUCACACUGUCCAGCAAGAUUUUUGUUUGAAAAAGAAUUAACCAUUCAUGUUCGUUUCCAUGAGAUUUGCUUGGCACAUCGAUGUGAGUCAUGUUCUUACACUGCGAGGCAGAGGCCACACCUGUUAGCCCACUUGAAGGUGCACACAGAGGAAUACCAGGAGCGGACAGAUGUGCUUACUAAAAUGUAUAAGAUUUCUCCUCAGCAUUCCCGACCUAGAUCAGCUGUCAUAGUAGAAGGUCCGGGUGUGUCGGGUCCAGUUUGGGUGGUGAUUGGUGGAGCCACCCCCUCACAGAGACAGCACCCUGUUGAACAGGAAACAAGUAAUACACCUGCCCCUGUAACUCCAGCAAGAACUAUAGCAAAACAGUAUGCUUGCAAGUUGUGCCCAGCAAGGUUCUUCAAGUUCGUAGCUCUUGAGUACCAUACAGGUUUGCAUGGUGGUUCUGGCCCCCACAAGUGUAGGAGCUGUGAUUAUGCAGUCAAGACAUAUGGAAAUCUGGUGAAGCAUGAGAUGAUUCAUGAUGGAACAUCUAAACAGCAACGUAAUAGUUCGGCAGGCAAGAACAAGAGCUCUUCUGGCACAGUGCCGCUUUCUGGUACAGAGUUGUUCCAGCAGAGGGCAGAGGCACAGAAGCAAAGCAACAACGAUGCUGGUGCUAGGCGAAACAUUACUGAUCACUCGCCUCUGCAUGUAGACCCACAGUUUGGGAUUUUAAUGCAUGGGAAUCCAGAUUUUAUAUAUCCUACAUAUUUGAAAAAUGGAAGGCUGAAGGAGAAACGAUACAAGUGCCACAAGUGCCCAUCAGCUUUUGAGAAACGGGAACAGUACAAAGUUCACUUGUCUCUACAUGGGUCCAAACAGCGGUAUAGGUGUGAGAAGUGUGACUAUUCAGUCAAAUAUUAUGCUAACUACAUCCAGCACAUGCGUAAGCAUAAGAAUAAUGAGGAGGCCUUAGAGGCGCGCAAGUUAGAGAAAUCAGCAAAGGAAGGUAGUACUGAGAAAGAAGAAGGAGGAGAAAUAGAGGUUGCUGAUGAAUCGAAUGCUGUAGAAGAGGACAUCCCUCCUCUCAUGCCACGUUCAGUGAAGACAAUUGGGAGUUCACCAAUGGGUCGACAUGGCCCCUUGCAGUUGUCAGUGGCAGAUCGCCAAACAAUUCUGCUCCUUCAGCAGCGAAGAUCGAGUAAUGCCAGCAGUUCCCGAGAGGGAGGAGAUGAACGGAAAUGCUUCCGAUGUCCACAUUGCCCUUAUUCUAGUCAGCGCCGUGAUGGAGUUGAGAGUCAUGUCAAACGCCACUUGUCUGUGUCAGGAGUGUGCGGAGCUUUCAUUUGUUCCCACUGUGACUAUACUGUGCCCCAGCUUCACUUUCUGCGGGAGCACAAGAAGCUCCACUUCAAGAAGAUGCAACCAGACAUAUAUAUGAAGUAUGAUCGGAUUGAACUUUGGGCAUGUGAAGAAGGAAAAGAGAAUAUGGACCAGACUGCAGAAGGCUUUAUGUCAAACUUUUCUGAGUCUUCUGGCAAGAAAUUGGUGUUCCAAGACAAUGGCAAUGCCCAGGUUGCUGGUGGCAGAUUUUAUCCAGCAUUGCCAUCUGAUGUAAAGGAGGAGGAGAUGGAGAAACUGUACAUAGACCUUCGUACUGGGGAACCCAUCUGUGAGAAGAGUAGCUCAGGUGACACACAAGACAUGGUUGCAGAAGGAUGCAAAGAGUUAGUUGCAUACAACACAGGCGAUGUGGGCGAGAAGUUUGAAGGGGAGAACAGUGACAGUGAUGAUGUUGAGGCUGCAGAGUCUGUUAAUGCUGAAGACAGCAAAUCUGAGUCUGGUAGUAGUAGCAGGAGCAGCAGCAGCAGCAGUAGCAGCAGUAGUAGCAGCAGCAGCAGCAGCAGUAGCAGCAGUAGUAGUAACAGUACUAGUAGUAGUGACAGUAACAGCAGUAGUAGUAAUAGCAGCAGUGACAACAGUAGUAACAGCAGCAGCAAUAGCUUGUAG